GUGUUUGCUGGUGACAUGAACUCAACCAGCCUCCAGCAUCUGGGGAUCGGGGUGACAUCCUUUGGUCUGGUUUGCAAGAGGACCCGCACGCCUCCAGCUGGGACAGAAUUGAAAGGUUCAGAAAGGAAAGCUGGGGAGGUGGGGAAGGAAGAGUGCAAAAGUGACGCUGUGCCAGGGUCUCCAGGGCCAAGCAGCCCCGGGCCAGGCUGUGCACUCCGACCUGCGCAAACACGUGGGGCGGUGCGUCUCCGGAUCCGGAAGUUGCCUCUGCCCUCACCAAAUAUGGCGGCCCCGGCGCCGCUCGCCCGCCUCUCGUAACCAAUGGAACCGCGGCGGUCGGCUGAUUCACGCAGGCGGUCUCUGCUCUACGCUCUCUGAUGCAACGCCGGAGUCGCGGAAGCCGUUGGCGCACGUCGGCGUGGCAAGACGUCGGCGGUAUUGCAGUCUGUGUCCUUGGAGGUGACCAGGGCCACUGCAGCCAUGGUGCUAGAGCUGUACGUCUCUGACCGAGAGGGAAGCGAUGCCACGGGAGAUGGAACCAAGGAGAAACCAUUUAAAACUGGUCUAAAGGCUUUGAUGACAGUAGGAAAAGAACCAUUUCCUACCAUUUACGUAGAUUCACAAAAAGAAAAUGAGAGGUGGAAUGUUAUUUCUAAAUCACAGUUGAAGAACAUUAAAAAGAUGUGGCAUAGGGAACAAAUGAAGAGUGAAUCCCGGGAAAAGAAAGAGGCAGAAGAUAGUUUACGAAGAGAAAAGAACCUGGAAGAAGCAAAGAAGAUUACCAUUAAAAACGAUCCAGCUCUCCCAGAGCCAAAAUGUGUGAAGAUUAGUGCAUUAGAAGGAUAUAGAGGCCAAAGAGUAAAGGUGUUUGGCUGGGUCCACAGGCUGCGUAGGCAAGGAAAGAAUUUAAUGUUUCUGGUAUUGCGAGAUGGUACAGGUUAUCUUCAGUGUGUCUUGGCGGAUGAGUUGUGUCAGUGCUACAAUGGAGUACUGUUGUCCACGGAGAGCAGUGUUGCAGUGUAUGGAAUGCUAAAUCUUACCCCAAAGGGCAAGCAGGCUCCAGGUGGCCAUGAGCUGAGUUGUGACUUCUGGGAGCUAAUUGGGUUGGCCCCUGCUGGAGGAGCUGACAACCUGAUCAAUGAGGAGUCUGACGUUGACGUCCAGCUCAACAACAGACACAUGAUGAUCCGAGGAGAAAACAUGUCUAAAAUCCUAAAAGCGCGAUCCAUGAUCAUCAGGUGCUUUAGAGAUCACUUCUUUGAUAGGGGGUACCAUGAAGUUACUCCUCCAUCAUUAGUUCAAACACAAGUAGAAGGUGGUGCCACACUCUUCAAGCUUGACUAUUUUGGAGAAGAGGCAUUUUUGACUCAAUCCUCUCAGUUGUACUUGGAGACCUGCCUCCCAGCCCUGGGAGAUGUUUUUUGUAUUGCGCAGUCAUACCGGGCAGAGCAGUCCAGAACACGAAGGCACCUGGCUGAGUACACUCACGUGGAAGCCGAGUGUCCUUUCCUGACCUUUGAAGACCUCCUGAACCGGUUGGAGGACUUGGUUUGUGAUGUGGUCGAUCGAAUAUUGAAGUCUCCUGCAGGGAGCAUAGUGUAUGAGCUCAACCCGGUAGGUACAGUGUUUAUGGAAAGAAAAAGUCACAGUCCUUUUUUGGAAGACAAUGAAGUCGUCAUCCUCAAACAUGAUAUAAAGAAAGAAGAUGGAACUUUCUAUGAAUUUGGAGAAGAUAUCCCAGAAGCUCCUGAGAGACUGAUGACUGACACCAUUAAUGAACCAAUCUUGCUGUGUCGAUUUCCCGUGGAGAUCAAGUCCUUCUACAUGCAGCGAUGUCCUGAGGAUUCCUGUCUUACUGAAUCUGUCGACGUGUUGAUGCCCAAUGUUGGUGAGAUUGUGGGAGGCUCAAUGCGUACCAGCGAUGCUGAAGAAAUACUGGCAGGUUAUAAAAGGGAAGGGAUUGACCCUGCUCCCUAUUACUGGUAUACAGAUCAGAGAAAAUAUGGCACGUGUCCACAUGGAGGAUAUGGCUUGGGCUUGGAACGAUUCUUAACAUGGAUUCUGAAUAGGUAUCACAUCCGAGACGUGUGCUUAUACCCUCGAUUUGUCCAGCGCUGCACGCCAUAACCAAUUUCUCCAGAAGUGUGGAGGAAAGGUUAUGAAAGGAACAGGCUCUUUAAAAAAGAAAACAAAAAGCCAGAAUCUUCGUUUUUCUGUUUCAUUGGAGUUUUCUCUGUCUGUGUUUCUUUCUACUACCAUAAAAAGUACCUCAAAUCACCUGAACAUCGAGUUAAGGUUAUCAUCUUAAGAAAAAAUAUCCAUUAUGAAGUUUGGGGGAAAUACCUGGCAUGAAACUGUAGUUAGGGAUACAUUCCAGCAUUUUAUUCACUUUAUUCAAGUUAUUCAUUUUAUUCAAGUUAUAUGUAUAUAUAAUUCAACAAUUUUAGAUUAUGGUGUAAGAUAAUCCAGUAACUUAAUCUAUCUGUGCUUUUAAGUGUACCUGGAAUUCUUUGAUUUAUUUUAUUGCAUUAAUGAGUUAAAGCAAAAAUCUUGGGGGAAGAAAUUGGCAAUAUGGUAUAAAAAUCUGCUCAUAUUAGAACACAGUAUAAUUCAGCAGCAGACACUAGAAUCAAAUGAUAGUCUUUUGUAUCAGUUAUUAAUCUUUUCUAGGUCUGCAUAGCUGCUUAUAAUUCUGAGGCAUACAAAUUGAUAUGGAAGAAUUUGUAAAAACAGAAUUGCCUUAAAGGAUUUUAAGUAAGAGCAUAAUUUUGGGGAGAGUUCUUUAGUGAUUCACAAUAUCCCUCUUAGCAUUAGUUUAAGGUAAAGAGGCAGACUGAUGUUCCCUCUUUCCUGGUAAUUCCUGAGUAAUUAAGAAUAAGUUCCAAAAGAAUUUGUAGCUGGAAUCUUACUAACAAUUGUCGGUGGCUGUUUGAGUUGCCCCCACCAUGUCCUUAGAUCUAAUCUGUACCACCUUAUUAACUCACAACAGGCUUACUGAAUGGCUUCAUUUCAGAUUUAGUUGAUUUCUCCACCAAAUGCAUGUCAUGUAUUCUCAAUAGGCUGUAUUCCCAGCAGUCAAUAAAUGAACAUCCGUAAAAACUC